CCCAGACAGAGGGAUCCCUUCCAGCAUGCAGUGCGGCGGACAGUGACGUGUUCUGAGGAAACUAUUGUCAUCCUGAUCCGAGGAGGAGAGAGAAGAAAGGAGCGACAGUAUGUGGACAUUCCCAUAAAAGAAGAAUAAGCGUCUCGCACACAAGGAAGAGUGAAGCUGUGGGGCACUGAGCACCAAGGUUUCCUGUGAAUCCACUCUUGGACUUAAAGACGCCAAUAUGAGUGCGGUGGAACCAGACGCUGCAGCACAGAACACAACAACCACUCAAGAUGAUGGCAUGACUUGGUGGUACCGUUUGCUAUGCCGGCUCGCUGGUGUCCUGGGUGGUAUAUCCUGUGCUGUGGCGGGCCUAUGGAACUGCAUCACCGUCAGUCCAUUGAAUAUUGCAGCUGGCGUCUUUAUGAUGGUGAAUGCACUUGUUCUUUUUCUCUGCGAGGCUCCAUUUUGCUGCCAGUUCAUUGAAUUUGCAAAUACUGUCUCCAGCAAAGCCGACCGAAUGCGGCCUUGGCAGAAGGCCCUGUUUUACUGCGGGAUGGCGCUGUUUCCAAUCUUCCUCAGCUUCACAAUUACUACCCUCUUUGGUAACGCUAUCGCCUUUGCAACUGGAGUCUUAUAUGGGCUGUCUGCUCUGGGGAAGAAGGGUGAUGCUAUUGCUUACGCCCAGCUUCAACAACAGAAGAAGCAGACAGAUGAAGAGAAACAGGCCGGGACAUAAAUAAUUUAGAGUCUCACACCUAGCAUUCUAGCUUUUAACCAGUUCCAUUUUUGUAUUUUAUUUUAUUCCUGAUGUGAUCUUAAAAAGACUUUUGGACCGUU